UUCAACGUCACCCCCAAUUCAGGUUCCGCCAUUAAUUUUUACUUUCAAGCAAAAAGUUUUCGAGGCCAGGAGAACCUGGUUAGCUCAAACGACAUGCUGGUGAGACACAUCAACGAGAUCAAGGUGGCAUUAUCACCCUACAACGUUGCCUCCAAAUCAUCCAGAUUGUUCCUCAAUCGAGUUAAUACCAAUGAAGCUCGCAAAAUGAACCCCACCCUGAAAAUCACCACCGACAUUUUGCCUGAUCCCAAGGCAGCUUCCCACAUUCAAGUUGUUUAUCGCGAUGGCAAAAAGCUGGCUUUAGACAGCGAUAAAUUGAAAAUUGGACAUCUUUUGCAGGCGGUAAACAAACAUGCGAAAAAGCUGGAAGAAGUGGAACAAGCCAACUCUUGGUAGAGGUCGAUGCAUUUGGAUAUUGAAAGAAAAUAGUUGAAAAAAAAAUACAAAGUGAACAGUUCAUCAACAAACUGUGCAAGUUGGAAACCAACAGAUGAGCGAUAAAAAAAAGCUAGAAAUAGGAAAUAGAAGUCGUGUACAUAAAAAAGAGUCCCCUUCCCACGUCAUUUUUUCUAUUGUUCAGUCUACUGUGGUCAGCAUUUUAGAUUCUAAUAUAAACUUGCCCUCCUUGUAUC